AUGGUGGUGGUGAUUAAUACGGUGAGGGUGGUUGACGUGGGGCGCGAGGAUGGUGGAGGAGGAACUGAGGAAUUGAACGGGGGAAACGAUGGAAUGCUUUGGGAGAAGAAUUUGGACAUGAGCCUCGAAGCUGAAAGAGAGAUGUCCAAUAACUAUGAUAAUUGGGAGAGAUUGGUGCGAGCUGUGAUCCGGAAAGAGGAAAUAUGGCAAAUGUUUCAUGACCGGAGCCCAAGUAUCAGCUCCAUAUCAUCUGAUUCCAGUUUGGAUUCUGAAGACCUUGAUGUGCCUUUCGAUUUUUCAAGACCCGGAGGUUCAUCUCCGUAUCAGCAGCUACCUCAACGCACAGUUGAUGUGCCUUUCGAUUUUUCUGGGCUGGUAUUUGUUCGGGGUUUUACUCCUGUUUUUGACCUUGACGAUAUAUUGAGGUCUACUGCAGAGUUUCUAGGGAAGGGAACAUUUGGAAGUGCAUAUAUGUCAGCAAUGGAUAGUGGAAUAACAGUUGUGCUCAAAAGAUUGAAUUUAGCAAAUAUGCCAGAAAAUAUGUUCAGACAACACAUGGAUGUUAUUGGAAAUGUAAGACAUGAAAACGUUUCUGCAUUGAGGGCUUUCUAUUUUUCCAAAGAUGAGAAGCUCAUGGUGUACGAUCAUUACUCUAAUGGCAGUAUAUCUGCAAUGUUACAUGGAAAAACUGGUGAGAAUCGGGCUCCAUUACACUGGGAAACGCGACUAAGAAUUGCAGUGGGUGCAGCAAGGGGUAUUGCUCACAUUCACAAGCAAAGUGGUGGGAAGCUUGUCCAUGGAAACAUAAAAUCAUCAAAUAUUUUCCUCAAUUCAAACCAGUAUGGCUGUGUGUCUGAUCUUGGUUUGGCAAGCAUGAUUCCAUCACCAGUCAUGCGAAAUGCUGGGUACCAUGCCCCAGAAGUCAAGAACACCCGGAAUGUGUCCCAAGCAUCUGACGUCUAUAGCUUUGGAAUCCUCCUGCUUGAACUUCUCACUCGAAAGCCCCCGUUACAUGCUAUAGGUGUCAAUGAGGCUGUUGACCUAGUCAAAUUGGUAAAUUCUGUCAAUGGUAAGGAGCGGACUGCUAAUGUGUUUGAUGUGGAGCUCUUAAGGAACCGUAGCUUAGAGGAGCAAAUGAUAAAGACGUUGGAAAUAGGGAUGAGUUGUGUUGCAAAAUCCCCAAGGAGGAGACCUAAAAUGGCUCAAGUAGUGAAGAUGAUUGAGGAUAUUAGUACGAUGAAUACAAGAUCGAAUCUUGUGUUCAUUGAGGGUGUUAAUCCUGAUUUUGACCUUCAAGAUAUGUUGCGGGCUUCAGCGGAGGUUCUUGGGAGGGGAACAAUAGGGACUUCGUACAAGGCAACACUGGAUAACGGGAGUACAAUUGCGGUUAAGCGAUUGAGGGAAGUUAUUGUUACAAGUAAAGAAUUUCAGCAGCAAGUGGAGGUUAUUGGGAGAAUGAAACACAAAAAUGUUGCUACAUUAACGGCAUACUACUACUCGCAUGAUGAAAAACUUAUGGUGUAUGAUUAUUAUGGGGAGAAGAGUGCAUCUUCCAUGCUACAUGGAAAAAUUGGUGAGAAUAAAAUUCCUUUAGAUUGGGAAACUCGACUAAGAAUUGCAGUUGGGGCGGCAAGGGGUAUUGCUCACAUCCAUACACAAGUUGGCCAGAAUCUUAUACAUGGAAAUGUAAAAACCUCAAACAUUUUCCUCGCUGCUCAAGGAUAUGGCUGUGUUUCUGAUGUUGGAUUGGCAACAUUGGUGAGUACAACCUCUGUGCUAGAUAGUCGAUCUUCUGGGUAUCGUGCCCCAGAAGUCACAGACACAAAGAAAUUGUCCCAAGCUUCUGAUGUCUACAGCUUUGGAGUAGUGCUUCUAGAACUUAUUACUGGAAAGCCAUCUAUACUUUCUGAAGAUAACGAAAAGGAUAUUCAGCUAGUCCGGUGGGUUUCUUCUGUUCUUCGUGAGGAUUGGACUGUCAAAGUGUUUGAUAUAGAGUUGUUGAGGUAUCCCCAUAUGGAGCAAGCAAUGGUGAAGUUUUUGCAGAUAGCGUUCAAUUGCGUUAAAAGUGUUCCCGAGCAAAGACCAAAAGUGUCAGAGGUAGUGAGGAUGUUAGAGGAUAUUAGUGGGACGAACUCAGGAGACUAA